UCAAUUUCAAUAAAUGACACCAUACAACACCAUACCACUACACUGAACUACUGUUGCUGGUCUGAUGGUCUCUCUGGUUGGUGUCUUGAAUUCGGCGUCACCUUCCGUCCGAGUCCGAAAUCUCACCAACCCGACCCGAUCUACUUCCCUCUGUUCGUUACUCCCUUGGUUGCUUGCUGCUGCUGCAGUUUCUACACCUCAUCGAUUAGGUUUUUGCGUUCCUGUGUCCAAAGGAAUAUCAAAUAUGUUGAAGUUCAGUUGAUCGCCUCGUGCUAGUUCUCAUAGGUAAACCCAUUGCCUUCACAAUCUCGGACGUUGAUUUCUUAAUCGAUAGUUCAGAUGACUUACUUUACCUCCUAAAGUGACGAGCCAAAUCUGGGCUACUAUAGGAUGAUGAACCACCAUUACUGCCAGGGAUUUGAUUCAGAUUAUAGUGACCUUGUUAUGCAAGCAGAAAUCAGUGAGAAACAUGAGAAAGAAGAUGAGUUUUCAGAAAAAUUAGAUUCGUGUGCAGAUGAAGAUGAAAAGGAUGUCGAACAACCCAUAGCAGGCACAGAAGCUUUAGAACCAUUUGCAGGCAUGGAGUUCAAUUCUAGAGAAGAAGCCAGAGAAUUCUACAUUGCCUAUGGUAGACGGAUGGGAUUUACAGUACGAAUACACCAUAACCGCCGUUCCCGAGUAAAUAACCAGGUUAUUGGUCAAGAUUUUGUUUGCUCAAAACAAGGCUUUCGUGCAACAAAAUAUGUGCACAGAAAAGAUAGAGUGCUCCCUCCUCCUCCAGCCACCCGAGAAGGCUGUUUGGCCAUGAUAAGGUUGGCUUUACGGGAUGGAGGGACGUGGGUUGUCACCAAAUUUGUGAAGGAGCAUACUCAUAAACUGAUGAGUCCCAGUAAAGUUCCAUGGCGAGGAUCUGAGAAGCACUUGGUUAGUGAGGAUGAGAAAGAUAAGAGAAUCCGAGAGCUAUCGCUCGAGCUACACAACGAAAGACAGAAGUGGAAACGCCGUUGUGCUGUAUAUGAAGAACAGUUAAAUAUGGUUCUGAACGAUUUAGAGAAGCACACAGAGUACAUCUCUCAAAAAGUUGCUGAUAUAGUCCGAAGUAUAAGAGAGAUUGAGGAGGAAAAAUCAGAUUCAGAUGGCAGGUAAUUAGUGACGUACAUAGCAUAAUUCCGACAUCCUGGUUGCGAUAACCAAUAUUUGCCUUUUAAAGGUUUCAAACAUAAUUCACCAACAUUUAGAUGUGAUUUGGCUUGAAGUGGUGUUGUUGUCACAAACUUCAAGCAACAUAUUUACCAGAAAAUUCAUUUUAUGGUGUGUAUCAUGUCUUGGGUUAGGUUCGUAAAGUGUAUCUAAAAGCCAUUUCAUUCUUACAUUGGCCUCAACUUCUUGGAGCUGCAAAUUUUCAAUGAUUACCUGUGUGCUUGGAUUGGCUACAUGCACACACUCCGAAGCACCUAUUUGCAAAAUCUAUAAUGUGUAGCCUCAUAAACAUAUGCCAGACUAUAAUACAACAUUGCUGCAAUCAUUUACCUUUUCCAAGUGAUGAGAUUAUGGCUGAUAGCACCACAUGGAUACUAGUGUACACUACUUACGUU